UAUUAUAGGAAUAAUAUAAUUUUAAGGGUUAUAUUUUUAAAAUAUGGCGGAUCGUUUAACACAAUUGCAAGAUACUAUAAACCAGCAGGCAGAACAUUUUUGUAACAGCGUAGGUAUUUUACAACAAUAUUCAACACCUAGUAAAUUUCCUGGUUUUGAUCGUGUUGGAACACCUCAACCGCAUCAACCUCAAGAAGAUUAUGCAGCCUUGUUUGCAACACUUAUAGCAAGGUGUGCAAAAGAUAUUGAUACCUUGAUAGAAAGUUUACCGAGUGAAGAGUCAUCACAAGAACUACAAGUCGCAAGUCUUAACCGUCUUGAACAAGAAAACCAAGAAGCUGGUGAACAACUAGAGGAAGUUGUAAAACAAGGAGAAGCACUUUUGCAAAGGAUUCAAGCUGCUCUGCAAGAUAUUGCUCAAAGUCAGUUAGAUAUGCAGGAUCCAGCAUCUACGUCUAUAAUUAAUAUUAAUCUUAACACUAACUCAACUUUUAAACAAGAAAAUGUAAGCUCUGUAAAUACUGUAUCUUCAAAUAGCACACAUCAAUUGUCAGAUCCUUCACCUAAUUCUGUAAAUCAAUGAUACAUUUGUACUAUAAUUUGAUUUUUUGACAAAUUUAUAAAAGAAAUAAAUUUUUCUAAUAGUGUAAACAUUGUCAAAAUAUUAAAAUUAUUAAAUAAAUCUUAAAAA